CACUCUCUUCUACAUCCGGGUCACACUGCUCCCCACGCUGUGUUCAGCAUGGCAGCGAAAAACAAGCACCGAAAAAGGCCCAAAACCGCGAAAAAGGGAGCAGUUUGGAGCAAAGACAGUGAAGAGGAGCCUGAAAUGAACGGAAACGAGGAGGACGUCGACCCAGCAGCUGGUGACACGGAGGAAACCAAGGAGGCAGAUGGAGAGGAGCUGAGCUUGGAUGAGGUUUUACGGCUCGGAGGAACCAAGGCUGACUUUGUCCUCCUUGCUGGUCUGGACGAUUCCAAUGAGCUUGUUGAUGGAGGGAAAAAAGGAGCAAUUGACGACUUGGAGGAGGGCGAGCUGGAGAAAUUCAUAGCCGAACUCGGCAUCCGGUCGUACGCCGGGCAGCAGAGCAUCCCAGACAAACCGGAGGUCAACUCUCCAGCUGAUGAGGUGAAGGAGAGUAAACAAGCCAAAGUCGCAAAGGGGAAAACAGAAGGUGAAACAUCCAACACUCACAAAGCCACAAAAGAGGUGGCAAAGAAGAGUGAAGAUGCGCCGGCGUCUUCUGGGAAAAAAGCAAAGGAGAAAGCAAAUGUCUUUGAGUUUUUGCCGAGGCAGAUCUUGUUGAUUAAACCUGGAGGGAAGUGGUUUGAAAUGGCAUACACGGAUGAGAUCUCAUCUACCCCUCAGGAUCCCAUAGUGGUAAACAAGUACCAGUCUCUUGCCCGACAGCUGUUUGACGCUGAAAUAAGCCUUUACAGGACCAAGAAGAAUCUACAGAAAGGAGCCAACUCUGCCUGGAUGAAGACGGUCGUCUCUUCUGGUGUGCUGGCUGAUCGGAUGGCGGCCAUGACUGUCCUGAUCCAGGACUCCGCGGUGCACAUGCUGGAGCACGUGGAGAGCCUGGUGUCCAUGGUGAAGAAGAAGGGCAGCAGGCGGAUGGGUCUGAUGGCUGUCGACACGCUGAAAGAGCUGCUGCUGUCCAACUUGCUCCCGGAGAACAGGAAGCUUUUCCCUUUCGCCAAGCGUCCCUUCGACCAGAUAGAAGAAUUGGCCAGCGGGAACCGUGACGCCCGGGACCGCCGCCUCGUCGUUUGGUACUUCGAGCACCAGCUGAAGCACCACGUGGCGGAAUUUGUGAGCGCUCUGGACUCUGUGAGUCACGACACUGUGGCAGCUACAAAGGCGAAGGCGCUGGCCACCGCUCACGAGCUGCUGUGUAACCGUCCAGAGCAGGAGAGGGCUCUGCUCACACACGUCGUCAACAAGCUGGGCGAUCCAGACUACAAGACGGCGACUAAAGCGUCGUACCUGCUGGAGACGCUCCUGCACAAACACCCGAACAUGAAGGUGGUGGUGUGCUGCGAGGUGGAGCGGCUCAUGUUCCGGCCAAACAUUGGUGCAAAGGUGCAGUACUAUGCCGCCUGCUUCCUCAGCCAAGUCAUCCUGAGCCACGACGAGGCGGAGCUCGCCACCAAGCUCAUCAACAUUUACUUCUCCUUCUUUCGCGCCUGCAUCAAGAAAAAGGACAUUGAGUCAAAGAUGCUGAGUGCUCUGCUGGCGGGCGUGAACCGAGCGUAUCCGUACGCCAGUGCAGGAGACGAGAAGGUGAAGGAGCAGCUGGACACGCUGUUCAAAGUGGUUCAUCUGGUGAAGUUCAACACGGCUGUGCAGGCGCUGAUGCUGCUGUUCCAGGUGAUGGACUCGGAGCAGAGCAUCUCUGAUCGCUUCUACUCCACCGUGUACAGAAAGAUGCUGGACCCCGGGCUGUCCUCUUCAUCACGACAAAACAUGUUCCUCAACCUGCUGUACAAAAGCCUAAAGGCGGACGUGGUGCUGCGGCGGGUCAAAGCUUUCGUUAAGCGACUCCUGCAGGUCAGCGCCGAGCAGAGCGCCAGUUUCGCCUGCGGAGCGCUCUUUCUGGUUUCAGAAGUCAUGAAGGCCAAGCCAGGUCUGAAGCUGCUGCUGCAGGAGGAAGGGGACGGGGAGGAGGAGGAGUUCAAAGACCUCAAAGAGGAGAAUGAUUUCAGUGAUGAUGAUGGAGAGGAACGCUUUCUGGAUGCAGACAAACAGGAGGAAGGAGUGAGUGAGAAGGCAAUGGAGGCCAAACCUGCAGCAUCAUGGGUACACCACCAGAACAGAGAAGGAAGGAAAAGCUCUGAGCGAUACGAUCCUCUUCAUAGAAACCCGCUCUACUGUGGUGCUGAUCACACCACACUAUGGGAACUGCAGAGGCUUGCUCAGCAUUUCCAUCCCUCGGUUUCUUUGUUUGCAACCACCAUCCUUCAGGGAGAAUCCAUUCAGUACACAGGGGACCCCCUGCAGGACUUCACCCUCAUCAGGUUCCUGGAUCGCUUCGUCUUCAGAAAUCCCAAACAGCUGAAAGGAAAACAAAAUACAGACUCUGCAUUGUUGAGGCCCAAACAAAGGCUGCCUGUCAACUCUUUACCAGUAAAUUGUGCCGAGUUUCUAUCCAAAGAAGAAAGUCAGAUUCCCGUGGAUGAAAUUUUCUUCUAUCGCUUCUUUAAGAAAAAGCAGCAGGAAAAGCAAAGCCAAGACCGGCAAAGAGACGACGAUAGUGAGAGCGUGGAGGAGGUGGAGGACGAGGAGUUUGAGAAAAUUCUGGACUCUGUGGAGGGAGACUCGUACUUUGUUGAUGUGGCUGAAGACGAUCUGGACUUUGCUGGGAAUGUGAAAAGCAAAAAGGGCAAGAAGUCUGCAGAGGAGUCUGAAUCUGACGACUCUGACAUGGAUGACCUGGAUGAUGAAGAGGUGUCUCUGGGCAGUAUGGAUGAAAAAGACUUUGAUUUAGAAGAUGAGCUGGAUGAGGAUGGAGGGAUCUUCAUGGAUCCUGAUGGAGGUGAAGAUGAGGAGCAAGACUCCCAUGAAGAUUCCACUGUUGAGAUGGAAGUUCCUGGUACUUUUCCUCAAACAAGGAAAAAGAAGAGGAAAAACACAGAGGAGCUGGACUUUUCUGGAUCCUUAGGAUCAAAAAACAGGAAGAAGUCAAAGAAGGGUGCAGCCAUGUUUGCCUCAGCUGAAGAAUUUGGCUCCCUGCUGGACGAAAAUGUCGACUCCAAGUUUGACCACAUCGGCCUGAACGCCAUGGCUAACCCAGACAAAGCCGGCCAGAAGCAGCUGAGGUGGGAGGCUGAGCGGGACGACUGGAUCCACGGCCGCGAUGCCAAGACGCUGCGCAGGAAGAAAAUGAUGGCCCGAUCCAAUAAAGGGAGCAGGACGUUCAGGAACAGGAAGAAGAAAUAGCAGCUGUUGCUGUUUCUGCUGGACAAGAACUUUCAUUCCUGUUUAGCCGACCAGGCUUGGUGGUCUCGCUCCCGGAUCCCGUAUAUUCCCGCCCACUCAUUGGACUGAUAAUAAACUGGGGGGGGGAACAAAGUGGUUUUUAGAUUCUGUCAGAUGUGACUGAAGUCGCAUUCAGGAGGGCUGCUCUCCUGCUGAUAUUUUUGCUCUUGUAAAGUUAAAGAUUUAAUAACAUUUCACGUGUUCAGUAUCCUUUAUUUUCUAAUAAUCUUUGAGUGGAAUCCAAGUCGCACAGGUGCAUGUAACCCUUGUGCUAUCCUAGGCACUUUAACGUUGGGAGUUGGGUCAUCUAGACCCACUAGACAGUGCCCUGAACCUUUUUUCUUCAAUGAUUUGUGAUCUUCACUGGUGUCCAUGGAUGACAUGAAAUCUUUCCACCUUUAUCCACCUUUGUCAUGGUAGGGAUGACACGUCAAAGUAAGGGUGGGGUCAUCUAAGAUAGCACAAGGGUUAAACAUGAUCCACGUGCACCAACAAACCUGCAUUGCAUAUUUUUAAUAAUUUAUCUGCAUUUAAAGAUCAAACAAAACUACUUUAUUAAUUUUACAGAUAAAACUACAGAUUGCUUAAAGUGAUAUAUAUUGAUAAAUGUAUUUGAUAUCAAAUCUAAUCCCUGAAAGGCUCCCAAGUAUAAAGCUUUGUUGGAAAAAGGUUUCAUCUUUUCAAUAAAGCUUGCUAUUCAUUUUU